AAGAAUUUGUGGAGCGUGCUGAGAUGCUCAGUCUGAAUGCUGUUUAAUACUAUCAGUGCUUCCCUAGGAAUUAUAUGUGUUAGUGUAUCCUUGCAGAUGUGUUGAAAUCUUUGCCUUUGAGGGGUCAGUGAGCAUCUCUAGAUAAGACACCAGGUUAAGUCACAGCAUCUCCUGCACUCUUCCAAGCGGGGUCCUCAUCUGCUGGCUGGGAUGAGGGGUCCCAGGGGCCUAUGUGUCUGGCUCCUGUUGGCCAUCUUCUCCACUGCCUUUGCUCUUUAUUUCCCUCCUCAUGUGGAGCAGCUGCCGACCAUCACCGGUCAGACCUCAGGCUCUAUAAUUGCCUUGCUGUAUGAUGAGAGCUUCCUCUUUAAGUGUGAAGCUAAAGGCAAUCCAAGACCUACGUACCAUUGGACUAAGGACGGAAUGGAUUUUGACCCACAUAAAGACCCUCGACUCACAACAGAUGAGAGCAGUGGGUCUUUUGUGAUACCUAAAAGUAAAGAUAAAGUGAAAUACCAGGGAAAGUACAGAUGUUAUGCCUCAAACACGCUUGGAACUGCAAUAUCAGAGGAAGCAGAAUUUAUUGUGCCUACGGUACCCAAGUUUUCUAAAGAGAUGUUAAAGCCGGUGUUAGUUGAAGAGGGUGAUUCAGUGGUUUUGGAAUGUGACCCACCAAAAGGGAUUGAACCUAUACAGCUAUACUGGAUGACCAAAGAUCUUCGGCACAUUGAGCAGAAUGAGAGAGUGUCCAUGGCUCUCAAUGGGAAUCUGUACUUUUCUAAUACACUGGCGACUGAUAGCCAUGACGACUACUGCUGUUUUGCCUCCUUUUCCAGGAUACGCACCAUCGUCCAGAAACCCAGCAUGGCACUAAGGGUUAGAAAAACAAAUUCAAGCCAUGGGGGUGAUAGCCUCAGUGUUCAGGAAAGGAAACCGCAACUUUUGGAGCCCUCCAGUCAUAUGACAACCUACCUAAAGAAAGGAGAAGAGCUGGAACUGGAGUGUAUUGCAGAAGGACUGCCCACGCCGAUAAUAGAAUGGGAGAAGAUGACAGACAGCUUACCAAAGCGUGCAAAUAUCAUGAAGUAUGGAAAGCUUCUGACAAUACCAGACGUCACAGAACAGGAUGAAGGAAAAUACAUGUGCAAGGCCAAGAAUUCUCUUGGUGAAGCUGUCCAUCAUUUUCACGUUGUUAUAGAGGAGCCCCCCAGUUGGCGGGAGGAGCCAUUGAAGAAUCAGUUGGCGGCGACUGGAUCUGACAUCCACAUCAAAUGUUCUGCUACAGGAAAACCACAACCCACAAUCACCUGGAAGAGAAACGGCCAGCCCCUGAAUGAUUUCCCUUCUAACAAUCUCAAAGUGGUUGAUGACAGCAUCAUUAUAUAUGGAGCCGAACAAAGGGACACUGCAGUAUACCAAUGUGAGGCCUCCAACAGACACGGGACGCUACUUGCUAAUGCUAACAUCCUAGUCAUGAAUCAUCCUCCUUUCAUUCUGACACGGAAUUAUCUGGAGUAUGCAACCAUGUUAGGGAAGAGUCUGAUUAUGGACUGCAAAGUCUUUAGCUCUCCACCCUCCACCCUACACUGGAGAAAAGAAGACCCAGAGGGCUCAGUAGAUGGGGAGAGAUUUUCUCUCCUAAAGAAUGGCUCCCUGCAGAUUCACAGAGUUGAGAUGGAAGACAUGGGCCAGUACAAAUGUUUGGCAAACAACUCUGAGGGCACAGCAAGCAUCACCGCUGAACUUUUCAUUAAAGAUUCAACUAGGAUUGUGGAACCUCCUCAAGACAUGAAGGUCAGAAGAGGAUCUAUGGCAGAACUGGAAUGCCAUGUCGAGUGCGACCCAACCCUCAGAAGAGAGCUGGAGAUCCUGUGGCAAAAGGAUGGGAUAGAUAUCCUCUCUAACUACACAGAAGACUCAGGAUAUUUCAUAAAGGAUGGAAUUCUCCAGAUUGUCAAUGUGAGCCACAGUGAUGAAGGAAAUUACACCUGCAUUGUUCGAACGUCAUUGGACAAGGAUAGGGCUUCUGCAUAUAUAACAGUGUUAGAUGUCCCAGAUCCACCGAUCCAAUUGACACUCUCUGAUCUGAAAGACCGCAGUGUGAUGCUCCAUUGGUUGGCUUCCAAUGAUCAUAACAGCCCCAUAACAGAGUUCAUCAUCCAGUAUGAAGAGAACCACUGGGAGCCGGAGAAGUGGAAGGAGCAUCUGCGAGUCGCCAGCAUUCAGUACUCAGCCCCCCUGACGCUAUACGGCCACAUUAACUACCAGUUCAGAGUCAUUGCUGUCAAUGCUAUGGGGAGCAGCCGUCCCAGCAUGCCCUCCAAAAGAUAUAAGACACCUCCUUGUGCUCCUGACAGGAACCCAGAAAACAUUAAGAUUGAGGGUCACCUGCCACAUCAAAUGGACAUCAGCUGGGAGCCGCUCUUGCCUGUGCAACACAACGGUCCCGGUCUGGAAUACAAACUGAGCUACAGGCUCCUGGGUGUUGAGGACAGUUGGAAAGAGCAGAUGGUGAAGCGACACUCAUUUGUGGUGUCAGACACCCCUACAUUCGUCCCCUACGAGUUCAAGAUCCAGGCCCAUAACAACCAUGGGUGGGCUCCAGAACCCAAAGUGGUGACUGGUUAUUCUGGGGAAGACAAGCCCCUGGCAGCUCCUGAGAAUGUAUCAGUGAUGGUGUUGAACUCUACACUGUUGUGGGUCAGCUGGUCACCAGUGCCCCAGGCCACUCUAAGGGGUCAUCUCGGAGGAUACACGGUGCACUGGUGGCAAACUCAAAGUCUGUUGACCUCUAAGAGAAUCCCCUCAGAGAGACAGUCUCUCAGCAUCCCUGGGAACAGGAGUCACACCAUGGUGCCCGGACUGAAUCCAUUCUCUGAAUAUAGCCUGACUGUCAGCGUCUUUAACAGGAGAGGCAAUGGACCCAGCAGCAGUCCCAUCUCUUUCACAACUCCACAGGGAGUUCCUGAGCAACCUCCCAUACUAAGAGCCACAAACUUUCAGAAAAACUCCAUCACGCUGGUGUGGGCGCCUCCAUAUGAAUCCAACGGCUUUCUCACGGGUUACUUGCUGCAAUACCAGACAAUUAAUGAGACCCAGAGUGAGCUAAACUCUGUGAACAUUAGUGCUCCAGAUACGACACAGUGGGUGUUGCAUGAUCUGCGGGAAGACAACUUGUACAAGUUCUACCUGAGUGCAUGCACGGAGGCGGGCUGCGGGUCAGCUGUCAUCGUGGAAGGAGGCACAGUUCCUGAAGCAUUUUCUACAACCUCUGCUGAGACUUCGACAGAGAGCAGGCAACCUUUCUCUUUCACCUCAUCUAAUACAGACACUUCUGUCAAUGCCACCUUUACUACUUUAGCCGUGCUUAACAUAUCCACCUCUGUAAAUGACACCUUUGUGAGAAUCAGCUGGAGAACCAGAGAAGAACGUUCUGAUUCAGAGAUCUAUGUUGCAAUAAUGAAUCACCGUGAUGGUAUCUGGCAGGUUUCAGAGGCUGUAAACACAUCUAAAGGUUUCCACCUCAUUGAAGGGCUCAGCCUAGGCACUGUGUACACAGUCCGACUGCUGGCUUCAAGCAGGGUUGAUGCGUCUAGUAUUUUUGAAGAGGUUUUCAAGACCAGGAAAGUGGCCUUUAAAUCAGCAUUGUCAUCUCAGGACUGGUUGGUGGGGAUGAUGUGUGCAGUGGCUUUGCUAACUCUAUUAGUACUCAUUGGCUGUUUUGUGCUCAGGAACAAAGGUGGCAAGUAUGCAGUGAAAGAAAAAGAGGAAUCUCCCGCUGAUCCAGAAUCUCAAGUCAUGAGCAAAGACACUCCCUGCGAAUACAGUGACAAUGAUGAGAAACCUCUGAAGAGCAACCAGCUAUUGUUCAUGGAAGACGAUGAUAGCUGUGAAGACUCUGUAAUAUCAGAGGAUGAGGACUGUGAGUUCAAUGAAGAUGGCUCGUUCAUCGGCGAGUACUCGGGUCACACACGUAGGGUGUUCACGGAGGGGAACGGACAGCCCCCAGUGACUGCUUAAGAUGCUGGUUCAUUCUUUUGGACUUUAAAAAACAUGACAGGGAGAAAGAAAAGUUUGUGUGUCUGCACCAUGAAUAUGCCUGUGUUUCUUUUUAAGAGUUUGCUGUUGCGUGAAUGGCCACCUCUUUACAGUGUUAAUAUAAAGGGUGAUUACAGGGUAAAGAAAAAGCUCACGCAACCACGACAAUUCUGUCAUUUACUCACCCUCAAAUUAUUCCACUGAACACAAUAGGAGAUGUGUAGAAGAAGUAUUUCCAUACAAUAAAAGUGAAUGGUGACAUGGGUUGUCAGGCUCCAGAAAUGACAUGAAGCAUCAGAAAAUUAUCAUAAAAGUAGUUCAUACCACUCAUGUGCUAGAUUCAUGCACCAUAUUAGUUUUUUGAAGCCAUACAAUAGCUUUUUGUGAGAAAAAAACAUAAUAUUUGUUUCAUUUCAUAACUAUUAUACAGCCCUUUACUUCUUUGAGUAUAUUCAAAUAUGGCACUUCAAAACAAACCUGUCAUGCUGGGUUUGACGUCAGUGAUGCCAAACUUAGAUGGACAAAAGAAAACUAUAUCAGUUUGGAACGACAUAAGAGUGAGCAAAUAAUGACAGUGUUUUCAUUUGUUUUGGUAAACUAAUGCUUCCAAAGAGGUAAUUUUUUGUUUUAUGAAACAUAAUUUGCAUGCUUGUCCAACAACAAAGCACACAAGCACAGAGAAAUAACUGGCUUGUGCACCUUAGAAUUAAUGUAGAUUGCGAGGUUGCGGUUGUAUUAGGUAAUGUUUUCACUUUUCCUGCUGAAGAACAAUAAAUAAUUCAUGGCCUGUCACAAGACGGAUGUCUUGACAGCACAAUUUUCGGUUACAUGUUAUCGUGUGUGGGCAAUCACCUAACAUCACUGUACGCCUCUCAGCAAGAUAUUGACACAAUCAAACAAUACAAUUAUGUUCAGACUGUUCUAUGUAUCCUAGAAAACAUAUUUCUGUUUAAUCAUGCAUUUGAUUAAGACAUUGGUGCUGCUAUGGCACAACAAAAAAAAAACAUUUAAUGGAAAAGGUCAACAUUGAAUGGUUGGGUCCACAUUUUUUCUUUGCACUAAUAGGGAGAAUUCUAUGGAAUGUGUUCCAUGAGUGUACAUGGGUAUUUCAGAGCAUAUAAACUGCUCAUUAUUCAUCAAUUUUAAUCAAUAAUGUGCAUUAAUCAAGACUGCCUUGUUUGCUUUUAACAAAACGCUAUCAUUCAAUAUGAUAAAGCCCUUCUAUAUAUUAUACAUUCUUGGAAAUUCUUAUUUUGUUUCAAAAUGAUGUGAUUUUCAAACAUGACAUUCCCCUUAACAUAUGUAUUAUUACUAUUAAAAAACAACUAUUCUGCUGAUAUAUGAGAUGAUAAUUUAUAAGAUUUGUGUUAUUUUUCUACAAAUUAAAGUUAGCAAUUUCUAUGUAGAAAUAGUUUCUGUUUAUUUUAGAAAUGUUAUUCUGUUGCACUCUAUGUACUGUAGAUAACAGAUUUGUUUUUAUUCCUCUUUUUGUGUUUUGUGAAUUUUGUGUUUCAUUCUGCCUGAAAAUGGUACUGCUAAUACUAAAGACUCAGGUUGUUUAUUAAAGAACAUUCUGUGCAAAAUAUUCCUUCACAUUGUAUUACAAGUACUGUGCAGAUCUGAGGAACAUGAUUAUUCACACAUUUGCAAUUUGUAUUCAUGCACAAUGUUGCUGUAAAAUGUUGACUCUGAAGACACAUACAGUGGCAUGCAAAUGUUCGGCACCCCUGGUCAACAUUUCUGUUGCUGUGAAUAGAGUAGUAGAAUAGUAGCAGUUGAAGUGAGUAGAAGAUGAACUGAUCUCCAAAAGGCAUAAUGUUAAAGAUGAAACAUACUAUUAAAAGUUUUAAGCAAUA